GCGAGCGGCUGCUGUUCCACCGCACGGAGCUCGUGUUUAUUUACUCUUGUUUACUAUAAUCAUAAAUUCUGACAUGGUUAUUUACCUCAGACUGCUGUGUUGGAGCGUAACAGAGUUUAUAUGCGGUGCAAGUGCCUGAUUUGCAGGACUUUUUGCAAGAAUUUUUGUACUCAAGUGGAUCCCUGUUAAUCUACUGUAACAGAAUGUCGCAGUGGGAGCGCUUAAAACAGCUCGACACAUCGUGUUUGCAGCGGUUAGAUGAAUUGUACAACAAAGAGGAGUUGCCCAUGGAUGUGAGAUACUAUCUUGCACAAUGGAUAGAGGACCAAGACUGGGAAGGAGCUUCUCGGGACACUUCUCGGGCGGUGGUCCUGUUUCAGGUCCUGUUGGAGAAUCUGGAUAAUCAGUACAGUCGUUUCGUCCAGGAAGGAAAUUUUCUUAUGCAGCGAAAUUUUAGACGCUUUAAACAAAUCUUUCAGAGGUACCAAGAGGAUCCAUGUACUUUGGCAGAAAUUAUCAACUGGUUCCUGGCCAGCGAGCGAGAGAUUCUGCAGGCUGCAGAGCUAGCACAACAAGUUCAGAUGUUGCAGGUUGAACAGAGCUCAGUGGAGUCGGAGGGACAGAAACAUUUAGAGAAGAAUAUCAAAGGUUUUAAGAGCAAAGUUCAGGUGCUGGAGCACUCAUUGAGGUGUCUAGAGGAGCAACAGGAUGAGUUUGACUUCAAGUAUCAGACACACCAAAUGGAAGGUACAACAGAUGAAGCAGAGAAAAACAAGCAGCUAAAAGUUCUGCAGAUGAUGCUCAACAGGCUCAAUACAUCUAGAAAUUCGUUUCUCACUGAGAUCUCCUCUCUGCUGGAUGCUGCUGCUGCUCUCUUGUCUGAGAUCAUGGAGGAGCUGGAGGGCUGGAAGCGCAGACAGCAGAUCUCUUGUAUUGGGGCUCCGGAAAACACAGACCUUGAACCAUUGGAAAAAUGGUACACACAGGUAGGAGACGGGAUGUUUCAGUUGCACAAGUUCCUACAGAAGCUGGAGGAGCUUCAGGGGAAGCUGAGUUAUGACGAGGACCCCAUCAAAGUCCAAAAGCACCCCCUACAGGAACGCGUGGACAUGCUAAUUAAAACCCUGCUGACGAGUGCCUUUGUUGUGGAAACGCAACCCUCCAUGCCACAAGGUCGAGGCCCUCUUGUGCUUCGAACCAAUGUCCAAUUCUCAGUAAAAACCAGAUUUCUUUUUAAGGUGCCUGAACUUAACCAUGCCAUGAAAGUUACUGUGUCCAUUGAUAAGGCUGCUCCAAAUGUGAAGGGGUAUCGUAGGUUUAAUGUUCUGGGAACGUUAAGCAAAGCUUUAAACAUGUCUGAGAGCAUGAAUGGUGGCAUGGUGGCAGAUUUCAGACAUUUGACUUUAAGAGAGCAGAAGGUUGGAGCAGGAGGGAAGGGGAAUAAUGAUCUGUCACUGAGUGUGACUGAGGAACUGCAUACAAUUCACUUUGAGACACAGUUUGAUUUGCAUGACCUGUCUGUGCCUCUAGAGACUUCCUCUCUCCCUGUCAUUGUGAUCUCCAACUCCAGCCAGCAGCAGAGUGCCUGGGCAUCUAUACUUUGGUUCAACAUGCUCUGCACUGACCCUAAGAACCUGGUGUUCUUUGCAAGCUCUCCUGUAGCAUCAUGGAGUCAGCUUGGGCAAAUGCUAAGCUGGCAGUUUAUAUCUUGUGCAAAACGUGGCCUGGAUGAAGACCAGCUUGAGACUCUUGCUCAAAAACUCUUUGGCAGACAACAGAGCUAUGAAAACUGUAUAAUAUCCUGGACUAAAUUCAGCAAGGAGAAUAUCCAGGACACAAAUUUUACCCUCUGGGUGUGGCUGGAUGGCAUUCUUAACUUGGUGAAGCAAUACCUUCCAGACUUGUGGAAUGAUGGGUCUAUAAUGGGUUUUGUUAGUAAGGGAAAGGAGAAGGUCCUGUUAAAGAAGAAGCAGAAUGGCACUUUUCUCCUGCGCUUCAGUGAGAGCAUCAGGGAUGGUGGCAUCACAUUCAGCUGGGUGGAGUACUCCAACAAUGGGAAACCCAACGUGCGAACAGUGCAGCCGUUCACCAGUGUGGACCUCAAGCAGAUUCCUUUACCAGAGAUCCUACGUAACUUUCAGAUCAUGGAGGCAGAGAACGCACCCGUGUACCCACUUACAUUUCUCUACCCAAACAUCUCUAAAGAUCAGGCAUUCGGCAAGUAUUACAACGAAAAGACUGGAGAGGAGAGUCCUUAUAUAAAAUACAUUAAAACCAAACUGGUCUUCGUAUCAAAAGAGAAUGGGUCUACUAGCGCGCCUGAUGGGCCCGUCCCUGAUCUGUGUGCUCAGCCCACUGACCCUCCUCCUGAUAUAAAUGAAGUGCUAAUACUGCAAGAAAGAUCACCUAUGCUCUCCAGCUAUACCGAUGGUGUUUCAGAAGAUUUUUUAGACAUCACAGUCCAUCAGCCAGAUUUAGAUAGUUAUAAUGAUACUCCUCUGAAGGGUUUCCCCAAUUUACUGAUGUACCUUCCAGAAGCACUUUCUCCAGAAGCCAGUCUUCCUAUGCUGCAUGAGUUUCUUACUGAUCCAGAUAUCCUGGCUGGGAUGAGCCAUGCUCUGGAUUAGACCCAGACAUCUUUGACCUUGACCUUUCUCCUCUAGAGCUGUCCUCUGUCCAUUCACACUGACCUCAGAAUUCUUGUUACGAGACGAUGCCUGAACUGACUAACUGCAUUGUUUAGUGAUAAUGAGGAAGUUCAUUUUUAAAUGUUUAGCUUUCUAGAUAUUCAGCUCAUUAAUACAACAACAUUCAUAAAUUCUGUUUAUCAGGCAGGAUUUAAACAUGAUACCUUUGCAUCGCAUAAGCAACAGCAAUGUUAAAGCUGGCAUAUGUACAGUGUAAGUUCUGGGAAACAGUACAACAGGAUUUAGUAAGCAGUCUGCAGAAAAAUCUGAAACUAAAUCCUGCACUUUCUUUUUAUAUUAUAGACCUGUAAUAUGUAACUGGAGUGCAAUUGUAUUUGCAUUUGUUUAAUUUUCAGACCUGUGAUUGAGCAAUCAUUUUAAGCCUGUAGAUGAUCAGCCUACGUUAUGACAGUAGCAAACGAGACUCUGAUCUGCCCUUCCCCUGUCUGAGUAAAAUCCAGCCUAGUUUACUCUUUUCUCUCUUAAAUUAAUGCAGAAGUUAAGAAACAAAAUAAUUAAAAUGAUAGUUCAGACUUAGAAAUACAGAAAGCAAAUAACAUAGUGUGGGUCAUCUGAACAAAAUAGUUAAUUUCUUUAGCAAAAUGCAAAUCCUCCUUACAAAUCAUCACAUCAUCACACACACUCUGUGUGCACUGUGUGUGUCAAAGUUAGCAAUAACAAAGCCCAUUCAUUUAAAAUGGUCACUCACCGAAUUAUUAUUGCUUGGUCCUCUGUAAAUUUAUGCUGGACCACCAAUCAGCAACACUCUUUUCAGCAACAGCAGAGGCAGCAACAUUCUAUUAGGGAGACAGAGGGGCUUUUUUAACACUUCACAUUCCAACACAAAUUGGAUAGGCAGGUUUGCAGGUUUUAUUUGCUUAGAUUUGUAUUUAUUUAAAUGUCAAUGGGUAGAUUAAAUUAGCUGCUCACUUAAUAUUCUAGGCUCUCUCUUGUGGUGUAGAGGGCAAUGACAAUCUUCUGCGUUACAGUGACCUGCAAUAAUUAAAGUCAUUUUGGCUUUACUAAUGGUCACAUGUCAUAAAUUAAUAGAUUUACUGUGUAAUAGCCAGAGCUCAUCAUCUAUACAUAUUUUUUAAACAUUGGUUGGUAGAAUAUACAACGUUGGUUUCCACAACUGAUUGUACUAUGCUGACUUGUGUGCGACAUGUAGAAUAAUGUGCAGAAAGCAUUGCUACUGGGAUGCAAUGCAGUGUAAACUAAUCUACCAUGGUGACAUGGGUGCAGAAACUAUAAAAUACUGUAUAUGUAAAUUCAGCCUUAGCCAUUUCAAUCAUGGAUUUCUCCUGUCCUGCACAUUUUAGUACUUUCCUUGCUCCUUAGUGACUUUGCAUGUACUUUUUGCACUUACUGGUAACUGUAAUAGACCCACCUUCCUUAUUGGUGCGAUUUGAAAGUGUACAGUCAGAGAUAGAGUGCUAUAAACAAGUAUUUGCCCCCUCCUAUUUUUGCACAUUUGUCACACAUUUAGAUCUUAAAAAUAACAAGACUAUCUAACUAACUAAACACAGAAUAUAUAUUUUUUAUUAUUUAUUAUGAAAUAAAAAUGAAGCGAGUUCAUAUGCAGAUCAGCCUUGUGCAUGGAGAGCCACACCCUGAUCAGCUUUAUUCCUCUACUCUGUGCAGACACCAUCUGUCAGCCAGCAGAGAUCAUAAUUGCAUCAGUUAUGAGGUCCCUAUCCGGCUCUGUUCCCUGGAUGAACAACAGCCAAGCGUUCAUAUAGCCGCCCAGCCCAGCUGGAUGGCAGAGCUGAGAUUUGAUACAAUGUAUUUGAAAUCCUAGCUCUGGUGUGCUAGCGUAUUUUACCGCUGCGCCACCUGAGCGGAUCUUAAAGCUUUUUUAUCAGGGAAGCGUUGCGUUUGCAAAUCAGUAGAGUCUCAUAUUUAAAACCAUUAUAUUUUGCUCUUGCGCAACGGUCUAAAGGUUACAUGCCUCUUUUGUCACAGUUUUUAUUACAACUGUAUAAUCGGAGGGAUUCAUUUUAAAUGAAUAUGUGAAAUGAUUGACUCAGUUUUAGGGCUGAAUGUCUCAGCACUUUUAUUAUGCCCUAGAGCAGAAUGUAAAAGCCUUCUUCUUUGUCCUUUCCCGAAUGGCGCAGCUGUUCAUUAUGCCAGCCAAACAAUGGGCAGUGAUAGCUCAAUGGUUAAGGCACCGGACUAGUAAUCUUAGUAAACUAAAACUUGUGUUCAGUCAUAAUUGUAAGUCGCUUUGGAUAAAAGCGUCUGCUAAAUGGCGAAAAUGUAAAUGUAAACAACUGCUGAGAUUUAGGUUUGAAUCCCAAUGGUUGUAUCGGCUGGCCGGCCGUACACACAAACACAAUUGGCUCAGUUCGGGGUUUCCCUGACUUGCACCCAGUGUUUAAUCGGGCCCACUGCAACCCUAACCAGGAUGAAGUGGGUGAUAAAACUGAAAUAAAUAAUUUAUUAUAUAGAUUAUUUUGUGAUGUCAGCCAACCAAGCACUUUCUUAAAAAUUUUAACUAUCCUUACUAAUAAAUGAAAUUAGGUUAAUUGUGUAAGGAAACUGAAUUUAAGUCUGUUUAAGUUGAAUGUAGUGUUUUUCCUGUUCUGUUUGUAAAACAUUAGAUCACUAUUUCUGUGAACUACUUUCUAAAUGCACCUUUUAAGAUGAUUGUAUUACUUUAUCUAUACUUUUAUGUAUCCUAUACUCUGUUAUCUUACUUCUUGACACUUUCCAACCACUACCUUGUUCUCCAGACACACCACAGCUACCAAUGUGGGAGGACAAGGGCUGUGCGAUUUUGAGAUGUGAAGUCAGCAUGAGUUGCAUAUACUUUACUAAACAGAUUUGUUCUAUUUGAUAAAUUUGUUUGAAUUAAAUUCCUAACCAAUGUG